AUGGAAAAGACAAGUGAAGGAGCUGAAAAUGAAACAAUAGUGACUGAAUUUACUCUUCGUGGAUUCUCUGGACCAUAUUAUUUAAAAGUGUUCCUCUUCAUGAUCUUUCUUAUCAUGUACACUCUAACAGUUUUAGGAAAUGUGGCCAUUAUCAUUCUCGUAGCCACAAACCAACGUCUUCAUACUCCCAUGUACUUCUUCCUUUGCAAUCUCUCUUUUCUGGAAAUAUGGUAUACAACAGCUUGUGUCCCAAAGGCCCUUGCCACCAUUCUUGGGAGGAGCAGAACCAUCUCUUUCAUUGGCUGCAUUCUGCAGAUGUACUUUGUUUUUGCCUUGGGAUGCACAGAAUACUUCCUGCUAUCUGUCAUGGCUUAUGACCGGUAUUUGGCCAUAUGUUAUCCUCUGCACUACACCACUAUCAUGAACUUCCAUUUGUCUAGCAAGCUAGCAGCUGGCUCUUGGCUAAGUGGAUUCAUCAUUAUUUCCACACCAGCUUUUCUGAUCUCAAGGUUGACCUUCUGUGGACCCAAUGUGAUUAAUCACUUCUAUUGCAACAUUGAUUCCUGGAUAGUUCUGGCCUGCAGCAGCACCUAUAAUGUUGAAAUGGCAGCCUUUGUCAUAUCCAUCUUUGUUAUAUUGGGACCAUGUGUGAUAACUCUACUUUCCUACAUUUAUAUCAUUUCUACCAUCCUACACAUUCCUUCAGCCCAAAUACAGCAAAAAGCAUUUUCUACAUGCUCUUCCCAUCUUGCUGUUGUCAUCAUUUGGUACGGUUCCACCAUGUUCCUCUAUCUUAAACCUUCCAAACGGACAUCUUUGGAACUGACCAAAAUAGUGAAUAUUUUGAGCACAAUUGUGACUCCAUUUCUAAAUCCCUUUAUCUAUACAUUUAGAAAUCAGGAAGUAAAAGAAGCAUUUAGACGUUCAGUGCACUGGCAUUAA